AUGGCGUUAGUGGGAUCCAUGGCAACCACUAUGGAGAUGGAGAGGACUGUUCCUUCUCCCAUGCAUCGUCGCAGCAGCAACACAGCCGACGAUGAGGUCCAUCAACGAGCCUCGCUGGUCCUGCAAAUGGCAGACUCGCUGAUCACGUCCAAUAAUCGUCGGCGUCGUCAAUUGGAACAAAUCGAGUCUGGAAAGAUCGACAGGAUCCAGCAAGUCAUUGAUGACAUUAUGUUGGAAAAGCCAGCCAGUGUCAUGGACUUGUUGCGAGAGGCCGAACCAGAAGCUCUCCCAUCCCGAGAGGAAUUGAAGGAACGGUACAGCAUCAAGAAGAACAAGAACAAGAAAAAGAAUGACGAGGGAGAGAAUGGUACCGAAACGAGCAAAGACCGCGAUGAGGAUGAUGAUGACGGUGGCAACAAAACGGAAGACGACUCGGAUUCCUCUGAUGAUGACGAAGAUAACGACGACGAGGAUAGUGUGCAAAAUAGGGAUGAAUUUCGCAUGACGCAAGACCGCAUUGUAGCCGAGUUUCAAGCGGCCCCUCCCAUCGACAGCGACAUUGAUCCCGAGAUGCUUCAGGCUCACACGGCGCCUCUCCAGGAACAGUUGAAGCGAUCGUACGCGGCCAUUGUCAAGCUCCGUGAAAAUUCGGAUCUGAGAUACGAAGCCUUGGAGAAAAAGUACAUCGAGCUCAAGAGGGCACAAAAUGGAGUGGACGGUACUGCUACUACAACUUCCGAAUCAGAGGGCGCCGCGACUGCCAAGACGGAAACAACCGCGACUCCCAACGACGAGCUGGCGAGAGCCUACGAGGCGAUUGUACGUUUGAGGGAAAACUCGGACCUACGUUACAAUGUGUUGGAAAGCAAAUACUUGGAUUUAAAGCGAUCGCAUGCCGAAUCCGAUGCCAAGAACGAACGCCUCGAGUUGGAAAUUGAAACCAUGAGAGUGCAACUCUUGCGUGUCAUGAACGAAAACAACAACAAGUCAUCAACCACAACCAACAAGGACGGAGCUAUCAAUGAAGAAAUGAAACAAGAUAUUCAAAACAAUAGCAGUCUCAGCCAGAUUUUGUUUGCUCCGUCCUCUUCCCGACGCGCUUCCAGUCCGGCCCUUUUGGCUAGUGGGGCGGCUCUUUCGCAACCCGCGAAUGGUAGACGUCGAAGCACCGGUGGGAAACCACUCAUGACUCCUGAACAACAAAAGUCGUUGCUACAAGAAAGGAACGCUCACAAGAAAGAACACGCGGCCUACCGAAAAAAGGUUCAACUAGAAAAGAAACAAGUUCGGAAUCUACGCUUGACAGUCCUCAAGGAGUUUGUCUCGCUCUGCGACAAAGUCGAAGGCUGCAGUCGCUGCGAGGAACACAUCUCACAGUUGGCACUAUUCAGUGUCAAGGAUCAGAUUGAAAAGGUGCAAGCGGAAAAGGUCAAAGAAAAUGAAGAGGCAAUGUUGGAAGACAGCUUCCGCGAAGAAGAAGAGGAUUAUGCCGACAGCGAACCCGACGAAGACGAAGAGGAUGAUGACGGCGAGUCGCUAGAGUUGGACGAGGAUGACGAAAGCAGAGAAGUAGAAGAAUUGUCCGAGAGUGUUAAGCGACAUGAGGGUGCAAUGGCUUUGUUAGGAGCCAGCUGGGAUAAGCUGAACGCGAUUGAUGAAACCAAGCUCGACAAACCUGGCGGCCGAUUCGCCAAUUUAAGUGAAUCCAAGACUGAACAAAAAUUAAGAGGCAAGCAGUCACAGUUUGUGGCCGCGCAGUCAGGUGUCUACUGUCGAAUCGAUCACGACAUGCAGCAACAAUACGGUGACUUGGACAAAUUUGAUGCUCCGGCAAGGCCACCACCCCCGCCACCAUCACCAGGAGCUGCUCGAAUCCGUCAUGUGCCACCGAAAUUGUCUCCCUAUCAACCACCACCGACCGCUCCUCGGCAGAGGAGAGCGACUAGUUUCAUUCCACCUCCACCGUUGGUAACCAAGUACUCGGACGACACUCUUGAUGACAGCAGCAGCGCUCAGAGCUCUCAGAUAUUGCGAAACUCACCUGUCCCACCUUUCAAGGACAAGGUUGGUGCAACAGCUCCAGUCAAGUCGGCUCUAAAAAAUCCUCUCGACGUCUAUCCUUCCAACGACGUCAUCCCCUCCAAGCAAGUCUUGAAUGGCUUGGAUCGUGUUCCUCAGGACUCGCCAACUUCCAUCGUUUUGGUUCAAGACUUCCUGGUGGACGACUCCGUAACGACUGCUGACAAGACCGGUUUGCCUGAAAUGAGUCAAGGUCUCGUUGAUGUGGACGAUGUCGAUGUAGAUGCUGUGGACGUUGACGUAGAUGCCGUUGAUGUGGACGAAGUGGACGACGAAGGGUCACCUGAGAGGUUCACCAGCAAGCUGGCUUCCGCUUCCGUCGACAAACCUCCCAGGCACGCUUCAACUGGAGCAGCAGCAUCACUAGGCAGAAGUAGCACAGUGCAGUUUCCGCUGGCUGUACCAGAAGGAAAGACGGCAUCCUUUCAAGUCGCCCCCGUCAAACCGGAACCAGUGGCUGCAUCGCCCCGUGUGCCCAGGCAAUCUUUCGCGAGUUUGGACGAUUCCUCGAGACAUUCUGUGACGUCGCUUGGCAGCAGCAAGUCGCCCAAACCGGCGCUUCGUUCGAAGAAAGCUGGAAAUCGAAAGCCAAUGCGCAAGACAGUGAGCUUCAGUCACAUUGUGGACCACGCGCCUGCACGCAUCGCUGAUCACCCAGAUUCGGAUGAGGAACAGGAACAAAAAACAGAAAACAAGCCCUCGGCAAUUGUGGAAGAGAAACCAAAGCAGCUCAAGGCCCCUGCAGCUCCUGGUGAGGGCACUGACAUGGACGCUGGUGGAGAGAGCAAGUCCGCAAAGGAUGAUGAAGAACCCAGCACAGAAAAACCGCCAGCUCGAGGAUCCAUUUCCCGCGCUGGGUCCAAAAGGAUCCCCCCAGCGAAGUUGGAUGCGGCAGAACGCAAGGCAAAGAGGGAGUUGGUAUUGAAAGAAGCAAAGUUGGCUGCCAAAAAUGUCAGAAAGCAAAACAGGUCCAGUAGAAAAUUGAAAGUGGACAGUGAAGAUAUCUCCUUGUCAUCUAGCGCCUCCACAUUGACAGCGGACAGUGCCAAACCCCAAAAGAGCUUCUUCAAGAAUCCUUUCAAACGCAAGAGCAAAUCAUUCGACGCGGCAACAGCGAGAGCAGCAGGGAUUCCGUCAGAAAUCAAGAACGACGACAAGACAGCGGCGAAGGCACCGGUUUCACCCCGGACUGCAGCGAAGCAGUCAACGGCUAGCGAACUGAGGCGAGCUUCUUCUGCUCGUCUGCCCAAGGACAAGGGCAAGAAAGUACCUGCUUCUGCUGUAGAAUGUUAA